CACCACUACAUAACUAGAUAAACUUUCAAUUUCCCCAAUUGUCAGAAAAUACAAUAAAUUCAAUAUAAUUUUGAUUUGCUGCUGCACCACAAUGGAAUUUCCAGAGACUGGCAAACGUUGUUCAGUGAAAGAUUGCAAAUUGUUGGACUUUUUGCCAUUUGUUUGCGAGCAUUGUCAGGUAACUUUUUGUAAAGAGCAUUUUAAUAUGGAAUCACAUGAGUGUUUGAAAACAGAGAAUUUAAAAUCUAUUGUGGAACAAUCGACAAGCUUCGUAUGCUCUAAAGAAUCUUGUCAGGAUGCAUCAUCCAUCGAGAUGCCUUGUGUCAAGUGUAAACAGCAUUUUUGCAUAACACAUAGACAUCAUGGAUGCUUGGAGUUGAGUGAAGCAGAAAAGACACAAAAACUGAAGAAGUGGCAGAUACCAAAGAAACAGUUUGCAGAAGCAAAAGCUAUAGUCGAUCAACAAAUUGCAGACAGUUUGAAGAAAUCCAAAAAUACGGCAUUGGCAAAUAAAGUACAACUUAUGCGUGUAAAAUGUUCUGCAAUUGGUCCUAAAAAUGUACCAACGAGCGAAAGAAGUUACUUUCUUGUACAUUUACCACUGACAGUAAAAAAUAAACACAUAGGUACUUCGAAAGGGACCUUUGUUAGUACAAACUGGACGAUUGGCAAGUGUAUAGAUUCAAUAGCAGACACACUUAAAGUUCCCAACAAUAAUGAUACAACCACCACGAAUAAGUUAAAACUAUUCCGUCAUUCUACCGGAAAUUUGAUAUGCAGCAAAAUGGAUACACCUUUAACGAAAUUAUUUGAAGAUUUGGCUAUUUUCGAUGGAGAACGAGUUAUUCUGGAAUAUUCUGAUAAUGUACCUGAUAAUGUAAUAGAUCCAUCUUUAUAUAAAUAA